AUGUACAGGCAGCGGAGGCUGGAACGCAGCCGCUUCAAGGGGGACUCGUUCAGGUCUGACCCAGCUCAGCAACCUGCUCCCGGGGCCCCAGAAGGGGGAGCCCCUGGCGGGGGCCCCCCUGGGUCCCUCCCCAAGCUGAGCAGCAACCGUCGGCUGCAGCAGACGCAGGCCCAAGUGGAGGAGGUGGUUGAUAUAAUGCGUGUAAAUGUAGACAAGGUGCUGGAACGAGACCAGAAACUGUCAGAGCUAGAUGACCGGGCAGAUGCACUUCAGGCCGGUGCCUCACAAUUUGAAAGUAGCGCAGCAAAACUCAAAAGGAAGUACUGGUGGAAGAACUGCAAGAUGAUGAUCAUGAUGGGAGUGAUUUGUGCCAUUGUGGUGGUGGUGAUUGUAAAUGACUUGCUGUCUGAACAUGGCCAUUUCAGUUAUAAAGGAGAGCCUACAUGAUUACCUCAGUCAAGUGCAACAGACUAAACGCAGUUAAGUGAAAGUAGUUUUGUUACUAUCUAAAAGGCGUGUGUAGGAGUAAAAUCUCCUGCCACAAGGAACGAAAGAACAACAGUGAGGAGUCUGAUGGGGGAUGUCAAAUAUUCCUUUCAUCUAUGCAGACACAAGCCAGGACCCUGUGGCUUUCUACUAUCUUGUAGCUUUCUGGAAGACUUUGGGGUAGUGGCAGAGUGGGAAUGAGUGUUUUGCUUUUGUGUUACUGAGUUGAAUGUCAAAGGAAGUCCACUAUAUAGCAGAUGGAUGUGGAGAGACUGGAGGUAUUCCAGAUGAGACUGAAUGAACCACACAGCUUUCUGAUUAUGAAUACCUGUUCUGUUUCUGCU